AUGGAGGUCGUGUCAAUCGAAGGCAUUGAUAACAAGUUUGGCAACGCUUUGGCGAAGACAGCCUACCUCAUUAGGUUUGGCGUGUGGUUUGUCGUGCUCUCGGUCAACGCAGAAGGCCUGUUCUACCUUGCCUACGCUGUGACCCUUCAGAUCUGGAUAGAAGUGGAGACCUCCUUACGAAAUGAACAACCCGUCGCAAAUAGUGGCGAGUACCGUUCGUUGAGGCUAGAUGAUCUACGGAUUGCCAUUUUCUUCUUGUUCUUCGCUCAAUUUGGUUUCUUCGGUGCGGGAAACGUCGCAUCCAUAGUGUCGUUCUAUCUCGAACCAGUAGAUCGACUGGUAAUUACAUUCAAGCCUUUCCUUGUAUUCGGGCUUCUGGUAAAGAUCCUGUUCGAGUACUGUGCGGUGGACUCAAUGGUCCUUCAUCAGAUGGGGAAGGCUGUCAUACCCUACGUGAUCCUGUCAGUGUCGCUCGCGACGUUGAACGCGCGACUUCAUCUACCGCCCUUCUCAAUCCUGCUUGUCGCGUUGCCCUUGACCGAUGUGGUAACCUUAACAUUCUUUUACCAAGUUUCGGACGUUGGUAAAAACUUACCAUCUGGGACAUUACCGCAUCGAUCACACAUCUUCACCUCUAGGAUCGUGGACAGAAAUUGA